AUGGCUUCCAUUCCCUCUAUCGAGCAAUUGAACAAGGAAACACCUGAGAACUUUGUACAGGCCGUCAACACUCUUUUCGAGACUGCACCUCCUCUCGCUAAGCGUUUGCUCGAUGCUCGUCCUUUCUCUUCUUACAUCCAACUCAUUGAUUAUGCCGAGAAGGUGUGCUUAGGUGAUGAUCUUACACAAGAAGAGAAGUUGGAGGUCAUGAAUGCUCAUCCUCGCAUUGGCGCUUCUAAGGCUGGCCUCUCUGCCAAUUCUCUCAAAGAGCAAGGCUAUAGUUCACAUGCUGGUCAAGUAUCAGCUGAAGACGAAGCUGUUAAUGCUGAAUUGGCCAAGCUCAAUCAACAAUAUGAAGAUCAGUAUGGAUUCAAGUUUGUUGUCUUUGUCAACGGUCGUCCCCGUAAUCAAAUCAUUCCUAUCAUCAAGGAACGCAUGGCAGCAAAUGACCGUGAGAAGGAGCUCUAUGUUGGUAUCACUGACAUGAUGUUGAUUGCAAAGGAUCGUUUGAAGAAGGCUACUGAAAGUAAAAUCUAA